AUGUUAAUUAUUGAGAGGCUCGGGCGUGCACCCGGCGCCAGGCUGAGGGUUUUCUUGUGUCCUGGACUGCUGAGGGGCGUGUACCAGAGCGAGCACCUCUUCGAGUCGGACCACCAGUCCGGUGCCUGGUGCAAGGACCCGCUGCAGGCCUCCGACAAGAUCUACUACAUGCCCUGGACGCCGUACCGCACCGACACGCUGACCGAGUACUCGUCCAAGGAGGACUUCAUCGCCGGGCGGCCCACCACCACCUACAAGCUGCCGCACCGCGUGGACGGCACGGGCUUCGUCGUGUACGACGGCGCGCUCUUCUUCAACAAGGAGCGCACGCGCAACAUCGUCAAGUUCGACCUGCGCACGCGCAUCAAGAGCGGCGAGGCCAUCAUCGCCAGCGCCAACUACCACGACACCUCGCCGUACCGCUGGGGCGGCAAGUCCGACAUCGACCUGGCGGUGGACGAGAACGGCCUGUGGGUGGUCUACGCCACCGAGCAGAACAACGGGCGCAUCGUCAUCAGCCAGCUGAACCCGUACACGCUGCGCGUGGAGGGCACGUGGGAGACGGCCUACGACAAGCGCUCGGCCUCCAACGCCUUCAUGAUCUGCGGCGUGCUCUACGUCGUCAAGUCGGUGUACGAGGACGACGACAGCGAGGCCACGGGCAACAAGAUCGACUACAUCUACAACACGGAGCUGAGCAAGGACAGCUACCUGGACAUCUCCUUCCCCAACUCCUACCAGUACAUCGCCGCCGUGGAUUACAACCCGCGCGACAACCUGCUCUACGUCUGGAACAACUACCACGUGGUCAAGUACUCGCUGGACUUUGGCGCCCUGGACAACCGACUAGAAUCGUCCUCCUCCGUGCACCUGUACAUGGACACUACCACGUCGGGCAGGACCACCACCCGAGCCCCCUACACCUCCACCACCGCCACCACCACCACCACGUCGGGCCCCAGCACCAGCACCACCACCUCCACGCUCCGAGCGGCCCCCACGAUCAGCACCACGCCGCGGGCCGCCACCCUGACCGUGGCCCCCGGGGGUUCCAGGAGCAGCUCUACCCCGGCGCCGCCAGCAGAGGGCAGCGCGCCGGACACGGCCACUCGCUCGGCGCCCUCGUCGCAGCUGCCCAACGUCGCCGUGGAGUUCUGCGGCCCCGCGGUCGAGGGCGACGUCGCCUGGCCCAAGACCAAGCAGGGGCAGGUCGCCCGGCAACCGUGCCCGCCGGGGACCAUGGGGACGGCCACGUUCAGCUGCAUGGGGCCCGAGGGCUACUGGGACGCCCAGGGACCGGACCUGAGCAACUGCUCCUCCCCCUGGGUCAACCAAAUCAGCCAGAAGCUAAAAGCUGGAGAGACUGCAGCCAUCAUUGCCCGUGAGCUGUCGGAGCAGACCAAAGGCCACAUGCACCCGGGGGACAUCAGCUACACCGUCAGGGCCAUGGGUCAGCUGGUGGAGCUGUUGGACGUGCAGCUGAGGAACCUCACCCCCGGGGGCAAAGAUAGCGCAGCCCGCAGCCUCAACAAGCUGCAGAAGCGAGAGCGAGCGUGCCGCUUUUUCGUCCAGGCCAUGGUGGAGACGGUGAACAACCUACUGCAGCCCCAGGCCCAGUCGGUGUGGAAGGAGCUGUCCACCGGGGAACAGCUGAGGGCGGCCACCAUGCUGCUGGACACUGUGGAGCAGGGUGCCUUCGUUCUGGCCGACAACCUGCUCAAGACCGACAUCGUCCAGGAGAACACGGAGAACAUUCAGCUGGAGGUGGUGCGGAUGAGCACGGACGGCAACCUGCCGGACCUCAAGUUUCCGCAGAGCGGCGGUCAGGGCAACUCCAUCCACCUGUCCGCCAACACCCUGAAGCAGCACGGACGCAACGGUGAGAUUCGGAUGGCGUUCGUCCUGUACAAACACCUGGGCUCUUACCUGUCCACGGAGAACGCCAGCAUGAAGCUGAGCAACGAGGCGCUGGCCACCAACUACUCGGUCGUCGUCAACUCGCCCGUCAUCACGGCCUCCAUCAGCAAGGACAGCACCAAGGUCUACCUGUCCGACCCCGUCAUCUUCACCGUCAAACACCUGCUGCAGUAUCAGGACAGCUUCAACCCCAACUGCUCGUUCUGGAGCUACUCCAAGCGGGCGAUGACGGGCGCGUGGUCCACACAGGACUGCCGGCUACUGGGCACCAACCGCACCCACACCACCUGCUCCUGCACCCACCUCACCAACUUCGCCGUGCUCAUGGCGCACGUGGAGGUCAAGAACCUGGACCCGACGCAUGACCUGCUGCUGGACGUGAUCACGUGGGUGGGCAUCCUGCUGUCGCUGGUCUGCCUGCUCAUCUGCAUCUUCACCUUCUGCUUCUUCCGCGGCCUGCAGAGCGACCGCAACACCAUCCACAAGAACCUGUGCAUCAGCCUCUUCAUCGCCGAGUCCCUCUUCCUCGUGGGCAUCAACCGCGCCGACCAGCCCAUUGCGUGCGCGGUGUUUGCGGCGCUGCUGCACUUCUUCUUCCUGGCGGCGUUCACCUGGAUGUUCCUGGAGGGGGUGCAGCUGUACGUGAUGCUGGUGGAGGUGUUCGAGAGCGAGCACUCGCGCCGCCGCUACUACUACAUGGUGGGCUACGGCGUGCCCGCCCUCAUCGUGGCCAUCUCCGCCGCCGUCGACUACCGCAGCUACGGCACCGACCGAGUGUGUUGGCUGCGUUUAGAUACCUACUUCAUCUGGAGCUUCAUAGGUCCUGCCACCCUGAUCAUCAUGCUGAAUGUGAUCUUCCUCGGCAUAGCGCUCUACAAAAUGUUCCAUCACACAGCCAUCCUCAAGCCAGAUUCCGGCUGCCUGGACAACAUUAAAUCCUGGGUGAUCGGCGCUAUUGCCCUGCUGUGCCUACUGGGUCUGACCUGGGCCUUUGGCCUGAUGUACGUGAACGAGAGCACCGUGAUCAUGGCCUACCUCUUCACCAUCUUCAACUCCCUCCAGGGCAUGUUCAUCUUCAUCUUCCACUGCGUGCUGCAGAAGAAGGUGCGUAAGGAGUAUGGGAAGUGCCUGCGUACGCACUGCUGCAGUGGGAAGAGUGUGGACACCUCCAUGGGCUCUGGCAAGAGCACCGCCUCGCGGGUCCCAGGACGCUACGGCCCCUCACACGGCUCACAGAGUCGGAUCCGCCGCAUGUGGAACGACACAGUCAGGAAGCAGUCCGAGUCCUCUUUCAUCACGGGCGACAUCAACAGCUCCGCUUCGCUCAACCGAGAGGGUCUCCUGAACAAUGCCCGGGAUACAAGUGUUAUGGAUACUCUACCGCUGAAUGGUAACCACGGCAACAGCUACAGCCUGGCCAGCGCCGAGUACAUGAGCGACUGCGUGCAGAUCAUCGACCGCGGCGGCUACGGCGGCGUUGGCGUUGGCGUUGGAGGCGGCGGCGGCCACAAGGAGACCACCCUGGAGAAGAAGAUCCUGAAGGAGCUCACGUCCAACUACAUCCCCACCUACCUGAACAACCACAACCACGCGCACACCACCACCACCACCCACGCCCACGACCGCUCCAGCUCGGGCUCCGAGCACGGGCGCAACCUCGUGAACAAGCUGGUCAACAACGUCAGCAACGGGGGCAAGGACACGCUGGGGCUGGGGCUGGGGCUGGGGCUGGGGCUGGGCAGCCUCGGGAGCCUGGGGCUCGGCGGCGGCGGCGGAGUCGGCGGCGGCGGCUUGGACCUGGGCGACUCGUCCUCGGCGUACAAUCACCACGACGACGACAGCGGCGGCGGCGGAACCCUCGGCGGCGGUCUGGAGCUGAUCCGGGAGGAGUCGCACGCGCCCUUGCUGCCCCCCCGCGUCACGCCCGCGGACAACCACCACAACUUGCACCACCUCCACAGCCUUCAGCAGCAGCAGCAGCACCACCAGCACCACCACCACCACCUGCACCACCCGCACCCCUUCUCGUCGUCCUCCGGCUCGUGCGCCGGCCGCCGGCUGCCCCAGGAGACCAGCGAGAGCUUCUUCCCGCUGCUGGGCGGCGGCGAGCAGAGCACCCAGGGCGGCGACGACGACGACACGCCCUCGCCGCAGCGGGACUCGCUGUACACCAGCAUGCCCGAGCUCGCCGACGGGGACACCACCACCGCGGCGGUCAGCAAGGAGUCGCUCGGGGGGGACCCGCACGGGAAGGGCGGCGGUGGCGGUAGCGGUGGCGGUAGCGGCGGUGGUGGUAGCGGAGGGGACCCGAUCGACGACGUCUACUACAAGAGCAUGCCCAACCUCGGCUCCCGGAACCACCUGCACCAGCUCAGCUCCUACUACCAGCUCGGACGGGGAAGCAGCGACGGAUUCAUCGUGUCGCCCAAUAAGGAAGACGCCUCCCCCGAGGACCCGCCCCCCCCUGAGGCAUCCCAUCUGGUCACCAGCCUAUAGGAGGCGAUCACCUGACAGAAAAAAAAAAAAAAAAAAACGCCACACACACCUAUCCAACGACACCUUGGCCCCCCUUCAGUGCCCCCGUACCUGGUCACUUACAUUGGCUCCAUCUUCUUCUUCAUGGUCAGUCGUCGGCUGUUGUAGAUGAUCUCUUUGGUUUGUUACUUACUUUUUUUUCCCCCCUCCCGAUUUUUGUGUAUUUUUCAGGAGCAACAGCUACAAUGACAAAAACAUAUACACAAACACACACAAACAAGCGAAAAAAACAUGGACGCCAAAUGAUUGAAAGGUUGUGGCGAAUCUUUGUUCUGAUGGCGAAAAAAGGACUCAACAAUGUGCAUUUUAGGAGGCAAAAAGAGGAGGCAAAACGUUUGAUUGGACUAACUUGUCUCCUCUUUGCUCUUGAGAACUGAACCUGACCAGGUCGGAAUUUCAAACUGCAUCUUGUAACUAAACGUUCCAAAGGAAUUGCAAACCAUCUGAAAACAAUUGCGCAACUUGCUGAGUGUGUAGAAUAAACAACAACGACAACAAUCAAAUCAAACAAACAAACGUACGUGACAAAAAAAAACUAUUUUAUUAUACUUCUGUAUCCAUAUUUGCUUUUUAAAAAAACCUGUCUUUUCUUCCUAUCUGGUGAAACACAGCACAUUUUGCUGCAGUGUCAAGCAAAAUCAAGCAAAAAUGACAAACAAAAAAAAUCACAAAAACUUUGAACAGUUUCGCAAUGGACAUCUUUAUCAAUAUAUGCCGUAGAGCAUAUUUUUUUUUUGUUUUUUUCCUUUUUUUUGCUGUAUUAAUAACAAUUAUUAAAAGAGGGAAAAAAAAACUAAUACCAGAGAAUUAUAAGAUAUUUCUAUGUAAAUGUACAGAAAUUAGCAUUGCACAUAGUAUGCUUUUUUGUUCUACCAGAAAUCUUUGUCCCUGUAAAUGUUGUGAAAAGAUGCUAAUUUUUGUCCCUUUCUGUUGUGAUGGUCUUGCAGGUUUUAUUAAAGCGUUUGGAGCGCUGUACCUUUAUUUUCCUUUUUUUAUCCACCUUCCUUUCGAUUCUGCCUUUCACAGUUCACUAGCAAAGACUUAAGCAACAGAAAUGGAAAAACCAUGGAAACAAACUCAUAGCUUAUUUAGCAAUUAUCAUUUUCAGUAUUAUAAUCACUGAUGUUUUGUUUCAAUCAUUUUUCAUACUGUUUUACCGUUGUUUUUUUUUUGUUUUUUUUUAAUUAUCAUUUAUGAUUUUAUUUUUUAUUUUCCUGUGUGUAGAUAAAAACGUGUUGAAUGAGAAAGGGAUGUGGUUUUAGCUAACUGUUCAAAUGAUCAAAUGCUUUUUUGCCUAAAUCUAUGAGAUCUUAUAGGCUUCAAAGUUUGAAGAUUAAACGGAAAUUUGAGGUGAGAGGAGAGAUCUGUGAUUUAAUGCUGAGUCCUCCAAUUGAAUACAUAGAGGGCAACGUGUCAUGUCUUUAACCCCCCCUCUGGCAUGAGCUGAGUAGUUGGACAUGCCUCACUUUCUCUCCCCAGUAGAGAAAAAAUAUUUAUUUAUUUGUUAAGAAAAUAAACAAAAAAAAUCAAAAAGUUGAAUUGCAAUAUGUCUAAUGUUCAGGAAGAUGCAGAACAGCUGUGGCGUGUUUUUUUUUUUUUUUUUUUUUUUUUUAUCUUUUCAUUUUAUUUAUUCAUUUCUGUUCUCCUGUUGGUUUUCAAGUUGAUUGACCUCAUAACUAAUAUUUGUUGUAACGGUGAAACUUGUUUGCCAACAAAUAAAUUACCGAUUAAGAUUUACCACGUAGCCAUUGCUAAGGGCUUCUGUUGUCUGUGUAACUUGUUACCAGUUGAGCAUCAAGUGCGUUAGUCCAUUACCUUAAGCUUGCAAUCAGGCUUUGUAUUGUGGUCGGGGUGGGGAUAGCCAGCUCGAGAUCAAUGGUUAGAUGCAAAUGAAUAUACACUCUGUAGAUGAUGCUGAUGUCUUCACAGAUGUUUGUGGCAACAUUUCAAUUGAUACGGAUAAAGAGCUAAUAAACGGUCUAUGAGGUU